UCCUAAAAAGUGUGUAAAAUAUAGACGGUAAAUAGCGUGCGUGCGAGUGGGGUAUUCUGCGGACUAAGAUUGCAAAAAAAAACGCACAAAACGACAGCUUACUGGACCGUAUUCAUGCAUGCGUUUUAAUUUACGGCCGUUGUAAACGCAGACAAAAAGCAUUUGGAAAACCAAAGCCAAGCAACAGACUCCACAACUUUUUAUCUCGUCAUGGAUCCGUUGUUUUAUUUGGGUGGGCUAGCUGUUCUGUUUUUGGUAUGGAUCAAAAUGAAGGGCUUGGAGUACGUGAUAAUACACCAGAGAUGGAUCUUCGUUUGCCUCUUUCUCCUCCCCUUAUCCGUCAUCUUUGAUGUCUACUAUUACCUGCGCGCGUGGGUCAUCUUUAAGAUGUGCUCAGCACCAAAGCAGCACGACCAGCGAGUCCGAGACAUCCAGAGACAGGUGCGAGAAUGGAAAAAAGAGGGAGGGAAGAAACACAUGUGUACAGGUCGUCCUGGGUGGCUGACUGUGUCACUCAGGGUGGGAAAAUACAAGAAGACUCACAAAAACAUCAUGAUAAACAUGAUGGACAUCCUCGAAGUUGACACAAAAAGACAGGUGGUACGUGUGGAACCCUUAGCUAACAUGGGUCAGGUGACUGCUCUGCUGAACUCUAUUGGCUGGACAUUGCCUGUGGUGCCUGAGCUUGAUGACCUCACAGUUGGGGGGUUGGUUAUGGGUACAGGAAUCGAGUCUUCGUCUCAUAUCUAUGGUCUGUUCCAGCACAUAUGUGUGGCUUAUGAGCUGGUGUUGGCUGAUGGUAGUCUGGUUCAUUGCACAGAGAAAGAAAACUCUGACUUGUUCUAUGCGGUUCCUUGGUCCUGCGGUACCCUUGGAUUCCUGGUGGCGGCGGAGAUCCGGAUAAUUCCCGCUCGGAAAUGGGUGAAGCUACGCUAUGAACCGGUUCGUGGCUUGGACGCUAUCUGUAAAAAGUUUGCAGAGCAAUCAGCCAAUAAGGAGAACCAGUUUGUAGAGGGACUGCAGUACUCUCGGGACGAGGCCGUGAUCAUGACUGGUAUCAUGACAGACGAUGCAGAGCCUGGCAUGACUAACUGUAUAGGUUACUAUUACAAGCCGUGGUUCUUUAGGCACGUGGAGGGUUUCCUCAGGGAGAACCGUGUUACAGUGGAGUACAUUCCACUUAGACACUACUACCACAGACACACCCGCAGCAUCUUCUGGGAAUUACAAGACAUCAUUCCUUUCGGAAACAAUCCGUUGUUCCGCUACGUGUUCGGCUGGAUGGUCCCUCCUAAGAUCUCCUUGUUGAAGCUCACUCAAGGAGAGACCAUCCGCAAACUCUACGAGCAGCACCAUGUGGUUCAGGACAUGCUGGUUCCCAUGAAGCACGUCAAAAACUCCAUUCUGCGCUUCCAUGAGGACGUACAUGUGUAUCCCCUGUGGCUUUGUCCAUUCGUGCUGCGCAGCCAGCCAGGAAUUGUGCAUCCUAAAGGAGAUGAAGAUGAAUUGUAUGUUGAUAUUGGAGCAUAUGGUGAGCCCAAAGUGAAGCACUUUGAGGCCAACGCGUCCACGCGCCAGCUGGAGAAGUUUGUCAGAGACGUUCAUGGAUUCCAGAUGUUGUAUGCUGAUGUUUACAUGGAUCGGCAGGAAUUCUGGGAGAUGUUCGAUGGUACAUUGUAUCAUAAACUCAGAGACCAACUUAACUGUAAAGAUGCAUUUCCUGAAGUCUAUAACAAAAUUUGCAAGUCUGCACGACACUGAAUCCAUGUCAAUCUCCCCCAAACAUGAGCAUUAGAAUAAUAGAAAAUUGUUCCAUCCUUUUAAAGUAAAAUUUAAAGUACAAUGAAGGCAGAGAAUCGAAAAAAAUUCCAUCCCCACUGUCACAUAUCAAUAUUUUUGGUGGUCUAAACAAAAAUUAAGGCCCAUAUUAUUGUUAACAUGUCCAAGACAUUAUUAGCUAACACAUUAUAUAAUUUAUUAAUAGAUGAUUUAUAUAACUGUUAUAUAUUGUCAUAAUUAUUGUCAUCAUUAUUCAUUUAUAGUAAAAAGCUCUCUAUUUUCCUACAUAUAAUUGUUGCCUACCUCACGUCUUAACAACACAGGGAUUCUUUGUCUACUAAAACACUUAAAUGUAAGCAUUUAUACUCAAUAUGUGCCAAGCACAAUUUAUGUGUUCAUGAAUGUAUUUACUAUGAAUUUGCUUUGAGUCAAUGUUGUAAGGGAAUGACAUUGAGUUAGUUAUUAUCAUUGUCAGAAUAUUUAGGUACAAGAAGAACAAAACAACAAACAUAUCUAUAAAAGUGACUAUUAGACACAGUGAGGUUGUACAUUUAACCUCUUAAACUCUGCCAGCUCCUGCAAAUCCACCGGUAUAUAUUGCAUCAACAAAACUAGACAUGUGGUAUCUUUUAAAGGCUUAGAACCUCAGAUUUCUUUUACGUUUUAAGUCCCAUCAAUUUUGCAUUUGUUACAUAAGAGAACAUAAUAAUGUCUGAAUUUCCUCCCAUCCUCCUUGAAAAUCAUACAAGUAAUAUUUAAUUUCAUAUUUAUAUCACUCAAACGGAGUCGUAUAUUAAAUUGAAUCUCUCACUGUCAAGAAUAUCACUGUAUAUUUCAAUCGAUCUAACACUUAGAAUAACAACAUGGAAUUGUUGCUUUUUCUUCUGUAAAAUUAGACCCUUUUUCAAUUUACUCCAAUCUUUGUGGGGAGGGCACUUUUUUAAAUUUAGGUAAAAAAUGCUAAAUAAAUAUUACACAGUAUUUUUUUUCCUGACUGAUGUAUUGAUCUUGUCGGCUGGUGUUCUCAUUUUAGAGAGCAUUUGAUUGCACAAUAAUGUGUGUAGUGCAGGAUGAGUCACCAAUAUUUUUGCCCUAUUUUCCAGAAAGCAAAAGAUUUGUAAAUGUGCAUCGCUACAAAUGUAGAAUUGUGACUUUGAAUAAAACAGCUCUAAAAAUUUUUACCAUGUA